AUGGCAAAGAAUGCUGCUGCACAUCUAGGUCGUCUGAUACAAGAACAACAACUUCUAACAACACAAGGAGUACUACGUAAUGAGUUGAAAGAGUCUAGUAAGGCACAGUUCAGAGAGAAUGCAGUGCAGAAGGUUGACAAUGUUAAGAAGAUGAUAAAGAAUAUAAAUGAAGGUGAUUCAGUACUGCCCAACAAGUUGGUAGUUAAACAAAACCAUGAGACAAAGAAAUGGUUCAACUUUGGAGCUGGAGAGAUUACUGAUGAGAUGAAGACAGAGGCCAACAUGAUAAAGUUGAAGAAGUUUGCGGAUAACACUCAAAAGUACACGAGAAGUGCAAAGGCACCACUGCCCAAGUACUUUGAGAUUGGUACCAUUGUCAACAAUCACGAGGACUAUCAUAAUAGAUUCACAAACAAGGAGAAGAAGCGUGGUAACUUGGGCGACCUCAUGGCCGAUGACAAGGUGAUGGCCUACAUCGACAAGAAGUCCUCGGAACUCAUCUCUGAGGCUCGCGACAGGAAGAAACAACGUACAGCAUAUCAUCUUAAAAAGAAGAGUAAUACUAAAAAGGAUUAA